GGAGAUUUGGAAAAGGUUGUACAGCAGGAAAUGAACUCAUUUAGAAUGGAAAGUGGUGUCACCUUCAUAUACAAAUGUCCGUAUAGAAUCGGGUAGCAUUGUUCAUUUCUGCUUUUACCGAAUAUGAUGCCACGAAGCCUGAGCAACUUGAAUUUUUGGAUAAUGUGAGUUGAUGUUUGGUCCAGUUUGUCUAAGUUCUAAAGUCAGAAGAAUGCCAUGGAGAUGUAUGAGAAAGUUCUUACCAUUGGUAGGGGGGCUAGUGCAGAAGUCUUCUUGAUGAAGCAUACAGAGACAAAUAAGCUAUUCGCAAUCAAAAGGAUAAAGGUAGACACCUCUCGAAAGACAAGAACCAAAGAGGCGGUUCUGCAAGAAGCUGAAAUCUUGAGGAAGCUCAAGCAUCCCCACAUUGUUACCUGCCAUCACCAUUUCUUCGACUCAGAAGAUGAAUACAUUUACAUAGUGAUGGAUUACUGUGAUGGUGGGACUUUGGAUGACUGUGUCAAAGAGGGGAGAGGUUACCUUUCAGAGAACGAUGUGAUGAGGUGGUUCGUCCAGUUAGCAAUGGCUGUGCAGUACAUUCACUCUGUUAAAAUACUCCAUAGGGACAUCAAGACGGCCAAUGUCUUCUUGACAAAGAAGGGCAUGGUGAAGCUUGGAGACUUUGGAAUAUCCAAAGUCAUGAAUAACACUAUGGACAUGGCAAGCACUUGUGUGGGGACUCCAAGCUAUUUGAGCCCAGAGCUUUGUCAGGAUGUACCAUACAGCUCCAAGUCAGACAUCUGGGCCCUUGGAUGCUUGUUGUUUGAGAUUUGUGCAUUAAAACCUCCUUUUGAUGCCAGGAACCUUAUCAGUCUGUUCUAUAAAAUUGUAAAAGGGGAAUACAGCGAAGUGCCAGAGAUCUACUCUAACAAUCUGCAUAGUUUGAUUAAAAUGAUGCUCAACACCCUUCCAGAGGAAAGACCGAGUGCUAGUUGCAUCCUCAAUGUGGCUUACGUACAGGAGCAUCUUGGGAAUUUUAUUAAGGAACAAGAAAUGCAUCUAACGAGACAUCUGGCUAAACCCAGUGGUGAAAGUGGGGGUGCCCAAGCGUCAAUAGAACCCUGCAGCAGAACUGCCAUAGCUCACAAGAAAAAAGAAAGGGAGCACUGCAGACCAAAAUCAGCUCCACCAUCCGUCACAGAGGAAUUAAAAGAAGAUGAAGAGGAUGCCUGUGUGUCAGACAAGAAGGAAGAGGCUGCCAGUGUUGGAGACGAGUCAGACUAUUCUGAAGACUUUGACGAUCAGGAUAGUCUAUCUUCAAUAGAGGAGCACAUAGAAGAAGAAUCAUCUGAGUCAUCCCCUGUGCAGAAUGAAGACAUUCCUGAAGAGCUAGAAGUUUCUUCCGAUGAAGUAGAUUUGAGCGAGUACCCCGAUGACUUCGAGGAGCCGGAGGAAAAUGACCUCACAGAGGUUGUUAACAAUGCCCUUAGUGCCAUGGAGGUCACGGCAGAGAAUGACGCUUUCCAAGAGGAGAGGGAGGGAGGAGAACAAGGCGGUGCGCUGUCUGCCACUUUAAAAGCACUGCGAGAUAGAUGUAUAGAUGAUGUCGGUCAGAUGCUUUAUGAAGAAAUCAGUUCUCAUUUCCUGAAGGGUAUGACUGCGAUUGAUUUGCAGCCCCAGUUCGAGCACAAAUUGGGGCCAGACCAUCUGGAGACCUGCUACCUCAUCUUCAGCAUGGACCAGGAACAAACAUAGACUGCCCUUUUUGUAGCAUUUUUAGAAAGCAGGACUUCAUGUUUUCCAAAGACUGUAGUACUAAAGAACGCAAUAAUGGUUAAUGAAGUGCUUGUUGUAAAUAUAUUUUUUGUAUAGUUUGCCAUGGAUUUUUGGAUCUGGAUCUGGUUCUCCACUUUACAGUGGGAGCUAUUGCUAGUAUAGGUCAGUUUGUUUUUUGUGUUAGGAUUAGUAAUAUUUUACAGUCCACUGACCUAGGAAUUAGGUUUUUUUUUUUUUUUUGUUCACUUGAUGUUGCUUUGGAUUCAGCGAUCCUUGCUGGUUGAGAAUUGGGCUGGAAUAGCCUGUGCCUUAGAUAAUUACAUUUACCAGCCUUGAAAUAAUGUUGAAGUUUAUCAUUUUAAUAAGGUUAUAAAUAUCACUAUGUUUAUGAAAUUCUGAUAAUUGUACUCAACAGAAAGCUAAAAAUAUCUGCCUGUUUAUCAGCUAAAAUACAGAAUUUGGCUGACUACAGUUGUUGAAGGCAAUUGGUACAGUACAGUAUAAACAUCAACUACAGUAACAAACUAGCUUAGCCAAAGUGCCAGCUCCAUCAAACUCCUACUAUGGAUCAAGUAUCCUUUUGUAUUGUUGGCAACAGGGUGGAUACACAGACUAGAAUAAUAUUAAUUCAAAUGUAUUUUUAGAAAAGUACAUGAAUACUAAAUAAUUUAACCACAUCUUAUUUCUGUAUCUUAAAAAAUGUUUACUGAUUAAAAACUGGGUUUGGUUAGAUGUGUGCAAUUGAUUAAAUGAAAAGCUAGAGAAUUUAAACAGUAGGGGGCAGAACUUGUCUAGAAAAUAUAUAAAAGUAUAUAAAAAUCCUGUACUGGUUAAAUUGCCAGUGGAAACUUUCAUACCAUGUAGAAGGCUGUAGCCUUGCUU